GUAAUGGAUCACAAAAACUAUGAAUCCUCUGUUGACCCUUCUUUUUCCAACAAAGAUCACUACCUCAAACAACUCAACAAACUCUCCCAUAACAUUUCCAAACCCAACAUUAAAAAAGCCACCUUUGACGCUUCUCAAAACCACACCAUCAGCAAACACGCGCAACCUGAGUCUCAGCCACAGGCACACGUGUACAACAUCAGCAAGAACGAUUUCAGGGACAUGGUCCAAAAGCUUACCGGUUCACCCAGUCACCACCAGCAACCCAAGCCGGUUUCAACCUCUCGCCUUCACCGCUUGCGCCCUCCGCCGCUGCCGCAGAUUAUUGGCCACCGUCCUCCGCCGUACGCUUCCGUCCCACCUCCGUCUCCUCUGCCGCCGUUUCCGAGCGUGCACGCGGAGUCCCCUGUCUCCGCGUACAUGAGCUUUCUGCAGAAUUCGAUGGGUUCUUCUUCAGAGUCAGAAUUUGUGAUGGCUUCUUCGCCGGUUCAUUUUGGAUGCUUCAAUUCGUUGGGAUUCCCACUGGUUCCCGUUUCACCGACUGUGCCUGUAACAAGCCCUGGUUGGAGAGAUCUUUAA